AUGAAGAAUGACUGUCAAAAUAUAUCUAAGGUAGCAUCAGAUUUAAUUAUGGCUUAUAAAUAAUUGAUUUGCUAAUAGAAUGAUACAAUUAUAUCCCCUCGAUAUGAAAAAACUGCAUUUUAUCUUCCAUCGUCACGUAAAUCUGUUAAUUUAAUAUAUUAAAGCAAUUGAAGAAUAAAUAGACGAAGAGAAUCAAUUAGAUACUCCUAGAAAAAAAACCAUUGAAAAUGAGAAUGAUUAUUUGAUAGAAAUUAGUGAAUUAAGAAAAAUUGUAGAAUAAAGUAAAAUUAUUUAAUAAUUAAGUGAGAAUGAAGUAUAUGAAUAUACCAUAAAAGUAUUUAAAAUAGCCAUUAGAAUCAAAUACUCAAAAUAAUCAAAAUUUUAUAAAGACUACUACUCUUAAUAAAAGAACUAAAAAACACAUAGUAAUUACUAAAUACUAAACAGAUUUCCUUAGGCAAUAGUAUGGUAAAAUAUAAUGA